GCAGUAGCCCAGCGGCACUCGGCGCGGACGCCGGGUCCCACGGGUUCGCCGCAGCCAUGGCUCCCGCACACCUCUGGAGCCCGCGCGAGGAGUGAGAGGCACACAGCGAACGGUCGCGCGGCUUGAUGAUGUCACAGGGCGUUCCCGCCCGGGCGGAAGCCCUGGGAGCGCGUCUCAGGCGAGCGCGGGUCCCGGGUGUUCCCUGGCCGAGCCUUCUCUGCACUGAGCCGUAGGAGGCGAGUCUCGAGCUCCCUGAUCCCGCAGUGGCUAGCGGAGGCUCCCUGGCCUUAGCUCGGCUGCCAAAGCAGCAGGACCUUGUGGUAGCGCUGUCUGCUAGUCUGCUUUCUCCUUGCCGCCCUCUUUGGCUGCCCCCUAGGAAGUAGGGAUAGGCAGAAGGGAGCUGAGCCGCGGCGCUAGGAUGGGAAACAGUGCCCUCCGCGCUCAUGUGGAAACAGCGCAGAAAACUGGUGUCUUUCAGCUUAAAGACCGUGGUCUGACCGAGUUCCCCUCAGAGUUGCAGAAGCUGACAAGCAACCUUAGGACCAUCGAUUUGUCCAACAACAAGAUCGACAGCCUACCGCCCCUGCUAAUAGGAAAGUUCACUCUGCUGAAGAGCCUCUCCCUCAACAACAACAAACUGACUGUUCUACCCGAUGAAUUAUGUAAUCUUAAAAAACUAGAGACUCUAAGUCUAAACAACAAUCACCUGAGAGAGCUACCGUCUACCUUUGGGCAGCUUUCUGCCCUGAAAACCCUGAGCCUCUCUGGGAACCAGCUGGGAGCACUACCACCCCAACUUUGUAGCCUGCGACAUCUGGAUGUAGUGGAUCUCUCUAAAAACCAGAUUCGGAGUAUACCUGACACAGUGGGGGAGCUGCAGGCCUUCGAACUCAACCUCAACCAGAACCAGAUAUCUCAGAUCUCAGUGAAGAUAUCCUGCUGUCCUCGCCUCAAAGUGCUCCGGCUGGAGGAGAAUUGUCUCGAGCUCAGCAUGCUGCCACAGAGCAUCCUCGGUGACUCCCAGAUUUGCCUGCUUGCUGUGGAAGGCAAUCUCUUUGAAAUAAAGAAACUUCGAGAACUAGAGGGUUAUGAUAAGUACAUGGAGAGGUUCACAGCCACCAAGAAGAAAUUUGCAUGAUGUUCUCCAGGACAAUGGGAACCUUAAGGACACUGACUUGGAACCUCUGUUGGAAUUUGGCCGAGUUAAAGGCUCCUGAUGUUGGAGACACUCCAGAUUACAUUUCAUUUAAUAACAUUUUUCCUUUUAAGGACUAUCUCAGAUAAGCUAAAGGAAAAAACUUAGGAGACAGGAAGAGCCCUUCAUUUUGAGCCAAUGGAUAGGGCGAUGGCCAAUGUUGAUCUUCAGAACCAUUAGUUGGGCUCUUAAGAACCAGUAGGUGGUUGCUAUUCAUGCAGUGAGGAAUUGCUGCCUGGUAACAGAAUGACUCCAUAUCAGAGCUAGAGGUUUUGUUGAGUUACAUCGUGCCAGCUUUCAUAAAGUCAGUUACUACAUCUCCUCUGUGUUAACACUUCAUGUUUUUAUGAAAUUUGUUGGAAACUUGUAUGGCUAAGGACGUAUGCUUUUGUUUCAACCCAUCAAUUCAAUAGGAGUGUUUCCACUUGGAAGUUGGGAAGUACAGAAAUAUGUAGCUAUCUUAAAGCAAGCUUUGUCAAGAGGAGCAUCAGCACAACAGCCAUCAAGGAAUGUUCCCCAAGGCUGCAGUAGCAAAUUUUUACUAUUGCAGGUGCCUUACUGGUAGAAGGCUCUGAAGAGCUAAAAGUAUAUGCAAAAAUUGUAUAGUUUUUGUUUUUUUAGAUAGGUUUUUGCUAUGUAGCCCAGGCUGGCCUCAGACUUACAAUCUCCCCAUGUCUACUCCUUUAAGAACUGGAUUACAGGCAUGCGCCAGACUCAGCCUACUUGUAAGAUUUUAAAUAAAUUUUAAUAAGAUUUUCCUGAAGCUUUGUUAAAAAUCAUGUGUUAUUUCUGGUAAUUUCUUCCCUUUUUGUAUUUAUAACUGUACUAAUCAAAUUACCUUCAAGAAAACCACUGCUAUAAUAUUUUAAAGUAACCUAUGUUUAUCAUGGUUAUUCUCUGAAUGAGAGGAUAUACUAAAUAAAAUAUUUUUAAUGAA